AGGCGCAUUCCAUAUUUACAAAUUUCAAAUGAUUAUUAUACCAGUUGAUUAAAAAAAAAAAAAAACCUCUUCCAAAAUGAUUUCUAAGUAUAUAUUGUCCUCACAAAGAACCCAACUUACACCCACCUGGGCCUUCGCCCUCCUUAUAAAUUCUCCCUCCUCGGUUUCUCUUUCUGACCAAAUUUAAAAACUCUGUCCUCUCUCUGAUACCCUGUUCUUGAAGUCAUUACUCUGUUUUCUGGCCCCUUCACUAUGUCUUCUUCCUCACUGUUCCUCUUGUUCUUCCUCUUAAUCUCUUCUUCAUGUCUUCCCUCCUUCUCAGAAUUACUUCUAUUGCCCCUAUCACACUCCCUUUCCCCCACUCAAUUCAACAGCACCCACCACCUCCUCAAGUCCUCCUCCUCUCGCUCCGCCGCUCGCUUCCACAACCACCGCCACCACCGCCGGCAACAACAACAACUCUCUUUGCCUCUCUCCGCCGGCAGCGAUUACACGCUCUCCUUCAACCUCGGCAAUGACCCUCCCCGACCAGUAACUCUGUACAUGGACACAGGCAGCGACCUCGUCUGGUUCCCUUGUGCUCCGUUUGAGUGUAUACUCUGUGAAGGAAAAUCGAAUCCUUCGCUCUUUCCCAAACCACCUAAUAUCUCUCAGACUCAAAAAGUUUCGUGUAAAUCCCCUGCAUGUUCCGCCGCUCACACCUCCCUCUCGUCCUCCGAUCUCUGUGCGAUUUCUCGGUGUCCCUUGGAAUCCAUCGAGACCUCCGAUUGUUCUUCUUUCGCUUGCCCUCCGUUUUACUACGCCUAUGGCGAUGGAAGCUUGAUCGCUCGUCUCUAUCGCGAUUCCGUCUCUAUUUCUUCCCUGAUUCUCCGGAAUUUCACCUUUGGAUGUGCGCACACCACGCUCGGCGAACCUGUCGGAGUCGCCGGAUUCGGUCGCGGAUUGCUAUCUCUUCCCGCUCAGCUGGCGACGUUCUCUCCCCAGUUAGGGAAUCAAUUUUCCUACUGUUUGAUAUCUCACUCAUUUGAUAAACAGCGAGUUCGCAGACCGAGUCCACUCAUUCUUGGUCGUUACGAGGAGGAUGAGAAGAGAACUGACGGCGAACUGGUUCAAUUUGUAUACACGCUGAUGCUUGAAAAUCCAAAACACCAGUAUUUUUACAGUGUUGGUCUCGCGGGGAUCUCUGUGGGGAAGAAGACUAUUCCGGCACCGGAGAUGCUGAGGAGGUUGGACCAGAGGGGAAAUGGUGGUAUGGUUGUUGACUCCGGCACGACGUUCACAAUGUUGCCAGCGAGUUUAUAUAACUCUGUGGUGGCCGAGUUUGAUCACCGAGUUGGACGAGUUCUCGAGCGUGCGAGUGAGAUUGAAGACAAAACUGGAUUGGGACCCUGCUAUUAUAUGAAGGCGAAGAACGAAACAGCAGUUCCGACUGUAACGCUGCGUUUUGAGGGGAAGGGAUCAGAUGUGGUGUUGCCUAGAAAGAACUAUUUUUACGAAUUUUUUGACGGUCGAGAUGACAAAAGGAAGAAGAGGGUGGGGUGCCUGAUGCUGAUGAACGGUGGAGAUGAUGCAGAACUCAGCGAAGGACCUGGGGCCACGCUUGGGAAUUACCAGCAACAGGGGUUUGAGGUGGUGUAUGAUUUGGAAAAACAGCGCGUGGGAUUCGCGCGGAGGCAGUGCGCGUCGCUCUGGGAUAGGCUGAACCAGAGAAACUAGUGGGUGUUGAAGCACAGUGGAUUCCAUCCCCUGUGGGGUUUUCAAGAGCUGUUCAGUUGUUUGUAUGUAAUAUGUAGAUUAUUAGGAUUUAGGGGUGGGUGAUGUGAAAAGUAUUGCCGAAUAAUUAAAUAUAUGUAAAGUAACUCUAUU